UUUCAAAUCAUCGUAUAUACGUGAGCAUGUGAUUAUUUAUUUUGUAGAAAUAGCUUUUAUUUUUUUAUCUAUUUUAUUUCCAAAAUGGACGAACUAGUCACAGAUUUGACCUUGGCUUUAGAACGUACUGACGAUCCGCAAUCGUCUAAUUCUGACACAACUAUAGGUACGAAAGAUUCACCAUCGUCGACACCGAUUCGCAAACAGAUCAAGAAAAGAAGAGGAAGGAAAAGACGGUCAGAGUUUCCUUUGUCGAAAGACUUAGCGAUGUUGAGUGAGGAAAGCAAUGAUUCUGUUGAAGAAGCCUUGAAGGACUACAUCGAAAACAUAACUAUGUAUCAGAGUGAUUCAGAUAAUGACGGUGUUUUGGAAUCCUGCAAGCGACUAUCCAUGUAUCAUAGAUUGUCUUCAAAGAUGGACCCUUAUCCUUUACCAGAAAGACAAGAGGGCGAUCAGUUGAACAGUUCCGUCAUUGGACUGUCUAAGAAAAGAAGCAAAAGGAACAAAAAGAUGAAAAGAACUGCACAACAGUCAAGUUCAGGAACGUUACAACACAGUCAGGAAUUUUCACUUAAUGGUAAAACGACUAAAGGAACUCAUAGUAGACGAUCGUUGAAAAGAAAGCUUUCAAACAGAGUUUGUGGAAAUGCAUGUGGAGAAACAUGGACAAGAAAAUCUAAAUAUGAAGAGGGGAUUCUUUAUGAGAAUGACAACGGAGGAAGAAGUAGUGAUCUUAUGUCUGCAGAUAUAAUGCAAUCCAGGCACCCUAGACAUCUUAACUUUACUGCACUAUCUGUUGAAGAUACACCUGUUACUGCUACAUGUACAUGGGAUCAGAAUGGACCACAAGAUGAUGUGAUGGCUGGCUCUGACAGCGAUACUUCCAGUGGAAAUGAAAGUGAAGGGUUUUUCACUAACGAUGAAGGUCGCCUUGGUGAUGACGAAGGAGAGGAGAGCACUUUUGAACAAGAUCCUUGUGUUAAUGUCAUUCCUUGGUGGGAAAAUGACAAUCAGAGUAUAGAUGAGGAUGAAAAGUUUCAACAUAUAGUUGAAGGAGUAAUAAGUGAAUAUGGCAUUCAAGCAGAGGCUUCGAAACAAGCAGGAGGCUUUCAAGCAAGAUUGAAUUCUUUAAAAUCCAUGUGUGAAACAAAUAAUAAGUUCCUUGUGGAAGCAAAGAGAAAGAUCAACAAGUUUCUUCAUGAUCCCUCAAAAAUAGAACUGUCAAUUUCACUGAACAACAGGAAUGAAAGAGAACAGAUUCAUCACCUGGCUUCUCUUUAUGCACUGCACUGCCGAACUGAGAAUUCUGCUCAUCGUGGUCAUGCCAUUCUACUAAAAACAAGGAACACAUGUAAACCUGACAAAGAUGCUGUGAACAGCUUUUUUGGCAAAGAUGGAAAAAGGAAAGGAUUACAGAUGUCAGAAGUCAAAAGAGCAAGAAGAAUAGCAACUGAAGGUCCUGUUGGUCAGUUUGCCAGCGCAAUACCUGAAAGCAAUAUUGGUAACCAAAUGCUCCGUAGCAUGGGUUGGGUUCCUGGUACUGGUUUGGGUCCAGAUAAGAGUGGUAUUGUAAAUCCUAUAAAUGCAACAUUAAGACCAAGAAAACUUGGAUUAGGUCAUGCAUGGCCUUCCUGACCAAUACUUUGUAAAUAUUCUAAAAAAGUUUCAAUCCUUUUAGAAAAUUUUAAAUUUCAUUUUAUCUGUAUUAUAUUGAUAGUGUUCCAUGUAGGUAGUGAAUGCAAAUUAUUUUAAUGACAAAUAUGAAUUAAUCAUAAAUGACUAUCCAAAUCAUGGAGUAAAAAAUAAAAGUAUAUAUAUAACAUGAA